ACCGACCCCGGUAGUACACACCAGUCAGUAAGUCCUGUUUGUGAGACGAGCCCGGUACUGCCCAAAGCACCGACCCACGCUGUUGCUGUUGUGUUGAACAACGGAACAACUACUUAGGGACUGGGACUGUCAGCCAUGGAGCGCAUCACGGGAGGAGGAGUGCUGCCGCUGGCUUUAGCAGGUGUUGGGGUCUUGAUGAUGUACCGGAUACUCGUCCGACUCAGAGCCGGAGCCUCUCUGCAGGACACUGUGGUUGUCAUCACUGGAGCCAGCUCUGGACUCGGGAAAGAGUGUGCACAGGUCUUUCACGCUGCAGGAGCACGGCUUGUGCUGUGUGGACGAGAUGCAAACCGCCUGCAGCAGGUUGUUGAGGAGCUUACAGCAAGUUCAACAGAGAAACAGCGUAAGACUCACACUCUCAGCACCGUUAUCUUUGACCUGGCGGACACAGACUCUGUGGACAGAGCUGCAGAGGAGAUCCUGAGGUGUUACGGACAAGUGGACGUCCUCAUCAAUAAUGCUGGAAUCAGUUACCGUGGCAACAUACUGGAUACCCACAUUUCAGUGCAGCGGGACGUCAUGGAGACAAAUUACUUUGGGCCCAUUGCUCUUACUCAAGCUCUCCUUCCCUCCAUGAUUCACCGGCGUAGCGGCCAUGUUGUCGUCAUUAGCAGUGUCCAGGGCAAGAUAGCCAUUCCUUACAGAUCAGCUUAUGCAGCCUCGAAGCACGCCACGCAGGCCUACUUUGACUGCUUACGGGCAGAGGUCGAGCAUUAUGGGAUUUCAGUGUCUGUGAUCAGUCCUGGGUACAUCCGAACCAACCUGUCGCUCAACGCUGUCACAGGAGAUGGGUCCAAGUAUGGAGUUUUGGACAAGGCCACAGCAACAGGCCGGGACCCCAGGGAUGUGGCUCAGGCAGUUCUGAGGGCAGUCCGUAAGAGGAGCAAAGAUGUCGUACUGGCAGGACCUCUGCCCACCCUCGCCAUCUACCUCCGCACACUGUGGCCCGCGCUCUUUUUCAAGCUCAUGGCCUCUCGUGCCCGCAAGGAGCAGAAACCUAAAGAAGAGUGAGGACCCUGCAGCUCACAGAUGCAAACAGACCAAAAUAUGAAACUGAAAGGACAUGAGUUGAGAGGACAUGCAGUACUCCACGAACACUUUCAGGGAACAGCCAUAAUAGGCGUGUUUACUGUGUUGCUAGUCUAAUGUGUGAAAUAAACCAAACAUUUGUAAGUACAUA